AUGGUUAAUUUAUACAAAGUUGAAGCCAUAGGUGGUGUGAAGCCUGUACUGUUAAUGAUAGUGGUCCAGUGUUUAUAUGCAGCAGUGAAUAUCUUGUUAAAGAUCGUAGCAAAUGAUGGAAUGAGCUUAAGUGUUCUUAUUGCUUACCGCUUCAUCUUUGCUGCUGGCUUCAUUAUUCCCUUUGCUCUCAUCUUUGAAAGGAAAAGCCUGCAACAACUUACUGGGAAAGUUCUACUCUAUGCUUUUUUUUGUGGGUUGUUUGGGGGAUCCUUACUACAAAACCUCUAUGUUAAAGCUUUGGCCUUGGUAUCUGCAACAUAUGCUACAACCAUGUUGAACCUCAUCCCCGCUGUUACCUACAUCAUGGCUGUUUCUCUUGGGCUGGAGAAGCCAAAUCUUGGAACAACAGAUGGGAAAGCCAAGUUGCUGGGUACUAUAACUGGAAUUGGUGGAGCAAUGAUCUUCACUUUCUACAAAGGCAAAAGGAUAUCCUUCUGGUCAACACACAUUGACUUAGUGCAACAUGCGGCAUCACCUCAUGGUGGAGCUACUGGUUCUGGCUUAUGGGGCUGCAUGCUAGCUCUGGGCACUUCUCUGAGUUACUCAUUGUGGUUGAUAAUUCAGACAAAGAUGAGUGAGAAGUUUCCAUGGCACUAUUCAAUUGCUGCUUUAACCUGUACAAGCAGCUCAAUCCAAUCCGUUAUAUUUGCUCUUUGUACGGAGAGAGAUUGGAGCCAAUGGAAACUUGACUGGAACUUGAGGCUUCUAGCAGCAGCUAGCUCGGGUAUCUUGGCCUCUGGGGUGUGUUAUACCCUAAUAGCAUGGUGUGUGAGUAGGAGGGGACCUUUGUUUGCUUCUGCUUUUAGUCCGCUAAUGCUUGUGCUAGUGACCCUGGCGGGUUCAUUGGUACUAGAUGAGACUAUUCACAUUGGAAGUAUAACAGGAGCAGUGUUGAUUGUGUGCGGAUUGUACAUGUUAUUGUGGGGUAAGAGAAACGAAAGAAUGAAGGCAGGGAGUGAGAUAGUGUCCCCAAAAAGCUCUGCUCAAUGUGAAUCAGUCCACAUUGCCAGAUCUUUCGCAUGCAACCAAAGAGAGUAUGACAAGAAGAUCGUUAUUCUUGAAGGUCUAUGGCAGGAAGGAUUUAUGGCACUUGCUGCAAUUGGAGCCACAGCUAUUGGGUCAAUUGAGGUAACACAGCAACAUUUUCGUGCUCAACCUUCUUCGUAUUCUGCUACUCAUCAGCCAUAG